GAGACAGAGACAGAGACAGGGAGGAAGAGAGCAUCAUCAAAACACUGGCAACCAGCUUCCUGUGCCCGGACAUCGAAGAGGACAACAGGGAAUUUAGAGGUUAAAUUAAAAACAACAACAGGAGAGAGCAAGGGAGGCUGUGCGCCAAGGAGCCAAGGAGAGACGUGCAUCCAUCCUUGCAGCAGCAGCAGUAGCAGCAGCAGUACAGGUAGUAGUAGCAGGAGGCAGAUUCGGGGAUUUUCCGUGUCGGUUACCCGGUGCUCUACACACCCUGUAGCCUACCUUUGCACCAGCAGCAGGGAGGAGAGGAGGACCAGAGAGGAGGCUGUCCAGAGAGGAGGAGGAUCAUGGAGGGGAUGCAGGCAUACGGAGCCGGGAAAGCCGGAGGAGCCUUCGACCCCGUCACCUUCUUCCAGCAGCCUCAGACCGUUCUCCGCAUAGUGUCUUGGCUCUUCUCCAUCGUGAUCUUUGGCUGCAUCGCCAAUGAGGGCUACACCAACGGCCCCAAAGAAGUGGAAGAGUAUUGCAUCUUCAACCGCAACCAGAACGCCUGUAAUUAUGGCGUCUUCAUGGGCUCCAUGGCUUUCCUCUGCUGCAUGGCCUUCCUGGCUCUCGACGUGUACUUCCCCCAGAUCAGCAGUGUCAAAGACCGCAAGAAGGCUGUGCUGGCUGAUAUUGGGGUGUCGGCAUUCUGGUCCUUCAUGUGGUUUGUCGGUUUCUGCUUCUUGGCCAACCAGUGGCAGGUGACCAAGCACGAGGACAACCCACUUAGGGAGGGAGGCGACGCAGCCCGGGCAGCCAUCACCUUCUCCUUCUUCUCAAUCUUCACCUGGGCGGGCCAGUCUUUCCUGGCCUUCCAGAGGUACAAGCUGGGCGCCGACUCAGCCCUUUUCUCCCAGGAAUACAUGGACCCCAGCCAGGAUGCAGCUGGAGCCCCCUACACCUCCUUCGGUGGGGAUGACCUGGAGAGCCCGGGGGGAGGAGGAGGAGGAGGAGGGGGCCAGGCCAACAGCGAUGGAGCCUUUGAUGGCACUGGAGGUUACCAGCGUCAGGACUACUGAGAUGUUUUGGGGGUAGAUAUACAGUGGGGAGGAUCUGGAUGAUGUUGCCCAAAGUUUCUAAUUUAGAGCAGUUUGUAUUGUUUACUAUCAAUAUAGAACUGACGCAAUGCUAGGUUAACUUUACCCAGUACGAGUGGGUUGUUUUGACCCAGUGUUAGACAUAAGUUCAAGUUUUAGCCUCAAACUGUUAGAAAAGGUAGUUAGACAUUGCAACAUGUGCAAACAUGUGACAUUCAAAACCGCAGAGAAUACACGUUACCAUAUUUUCAUUUGGUUAAACAAUAAUACAACAACUCUUGGUCAGAACAAUGCAGUAUUGUUCCAGCUUUGGCCCAGGAAUACGUGCAAGGAUUUAUCCAUUUAGCUGAUGCUCUUCAGCCAGUGUGACCUACAGUGAUCAGGGGGAAGGCAGUGUAUUUCAUACCUAUAGAUAGUUCAGUUAUCAGACUUAAAUGUCGUCAGAAUUUGUCUCUAGGUGAGAAAUCUUGGGCAACUUUCCAGAUUUUGGGGGAAGGACAGGUAAAAGCAAAGGGUGGGAUAAGAGGUCAAUCAUGUGUGAGUCUGCAGGUAAAACAACAGGAAAGGGUCAGGGACAUCUGUGGGAAGGGGUCGUGGGAUGGGAGAGACGCUGGGUUCGAUUGGAGGUGUUAAGGAGGGCUGAGGUCUUUAGAAAACAAUUGGGAGGUCAAGUGUUUGCAGAAACGGUCACACUGUAGCAGAUCAAUGCUUGUGACCACGUUGCCUUCAUCUUCUGAGGUCUGCCGACAGUCAGCAAAAUGACUGCGAUCAGUGUUAGUUGAAACACCCUCAAACAAACACACAUGCAAGCACCGGUCCACAGCGUAUUGAUUUUGAACAGAUACAAGACAAGUUUCUGCUGACGAAACUCCUUAGAGGCGCAUUACAGGAAGCGGGAGUGUGUCUGUGUGUGUGUGUGUGUUACAAAGUAUCCUCUGUUUUUUUUUUUUCUAAUUGAAGUGUGGAAGUUUGUGUUUUCUUGUUUCCCCCGAAGAACCUGCUUUUUCUUUCCUCGACUGUUGCCUUAGUGCUGACUGCCAAGCAAAACCCAACGAACACAGGGCAACAUACCCAACAUGCACAGGAUCACGGUUCACAUUCGGCAUCUUUAGGGUGAGAGUACAGCUAAACUGAAUUUCGUCUUGUUUUUGUCCUGAAGCACGUAAAAACCCUCAGUGCAACCAAGCACCUGACAUCAUUAUAGAGCAUUCCAAAUGACACAAAUCAGCGUACCACACUGAAGAACUGCAGGUUAUAUAUCAGUUGUGUUUUCCACCUUAUUUCAGCAAAUCUACAGAUGAGGCAACCAUGAACAUCCUGAGUAUUUAUGAACAUGCAUUGCUCCAUUUUCUUAAAGAAUAAAGUAUAUCUAUCUCUCUAUAAAUAUAUGUAAAUCUAUAAUUCAGUAUAUUAUAGUGUUUAACAAAAAGAUCAUGCUUUAUUUUAGGGCAUUAUGCUAGUUCUGUAUAAAAAAAGGAAAAUACAACAGAAAGAAAAUCUAUGGUCUUUUGAGUGUUAUUGUGAUAUGAUACUGUAUAUGGUGAGGUCAUCCAUGCCUCGUCCUUUAUGUUGCUUUCAGGGUACGGAGAUGUUUUUAUUUUGGGAUAAUAAUACUAACUAUUAAAAAAAAAAUACUACAACAAAAAUGUGACCAAAUUAUCAAAGUAUAUAUACAUAUAUAUACUUUAUACUGUACAACAGUGUAGACUUAGAAAUGUGUGAUGUUCCUCUGUGAAAUCUGUUAAAAAGGUAAGAUUUAAGAAAAAGAUUGUGUACAAAUGUAUGUUUUUGAUGUGUUUGAUUUUAACCAAUUAAAAUAAAGAAAAAUACUGAU